AUGGAUGACAGCAAGAUUCACAGCGAAAACAUCGAGGACGCCAAGCAGCAGUCCCUCGGUGAGAUGACGGGGAGCGCUGAGGAUGAAAAGAGGCUGACCCGAAGUAUCCUGCUCAAAUUGGACACCAGGAUUCUACCCAUCCUGGCAGUGCUGUUCCUGUGUUCCUUUCUCGACCGGACCAAUGUCGGAAACGCAAAGAUUCUCGGUCUCGAGGAUGACCUCAACAUCACCGGCCACCAGUACGACAUCGGAUUGACCGUCUUCUACCUGACCUACAUCUGCAGUGAGGUGCCAAGCAACCUGAUCAUCAAAAAGGCUUCUCCCAAAAUCUGGCUGCCGACUCUCACCGCCGUCUGGGGAAUCAUCACCAUGUGUCUGGGAUUUGUUCGCAACUUCGGAUCCUUUGUUGCAGUCAGAGCGAUCCUAGGAGUUGCCGAGGGUGGCUUGCUCCCGGGAAUGGUUUUGUAUCUGUCGUUCUUUUACAGACGCGGCGAUCUGGCCUUGCGCAUUGGUUUGUUCUACACCGCGGCCUCGCUGUCGGGUGCUUUCGGAGGAUUGCUGGCUCGUGGAUUGGCAGAGAUUGGCCCUCGCGGCGGCUUGGAAGGCUGGCGUUGGAUUAUGAUCAUCGAAGGCUUGCUGACAUUUGUCUGCGGUGUCUCAAGCUACUUCGGCCUUCCGAAUAGCCUGGAAACGGCCUCUUUCCUGACGGUCGAAGAACGCGCGUACGCCCGCGAACGAAUCCUACUGGAUAACCCGUCCGUGCAGGAGAAUGCCCUGGCGGAGGAGCAAGAAACCCUCAAAUGGUCCGAGGUGCGACGAGGCCUGCUAGACAUCCAGAUGUGGCUGUCCGCGACCGCCUACUUCGCCAUCCUGUCCGGACUCUAUUCGUUCGGCCUGUUCCUGCCGACCAUCAUCGAAGAGAGCGGGUUCGCAACCGCCGCCAACCAGGUCCAACUGUGGACCGUGAUCCCGUACGCCGUCGCCGCAGUCCUGACCGUGGUGGUGGCCUUCCUCUCGGACCGCCUCAAACUGCGCGGCGUGAUCAUGCUAUUCACGCUCCCCAUCGCGAUAGCCGGGUACGCGGCCAUCGCGAACAUCGCCGACGCCCGCGUCAAGUACGGCAUGACCUUCCUCAUGGCGACAGGCAUGUACGCCAGCGUGCCGUGCAUCCUGGUGUGGAACUCGAACAACUCGGCCGGGCAGUACAAGCGCGCCACGACGUCCGGCAUGCAGCUGGCUAUUGCGAACUGCGGUGGUUUUGUCGCGAGAUUCUGUUGA